CCCUCUUCCAUCAACGCUCGACGCCAUGUUCGCAGCACCCAGCAGCCAUAAGAGGCGGAGGGCGUCUGCGAGGGGAGACAAGUCAAGGAAGAGGACGCCAGGUAGGGUGGUUCUGAAUGUUGUGGAGCCUGCGCACAAAGGGAGCGAAGCGUUGCAGGCUGCGCAGCGUAGAUUCGCGGACACCGUUGAGGCGCAUCCUUUCAAUCAUAGACAUCAUCGUUCCUACCUCGAGCUCCUCCUCCUCCUCUCUCUCGACAUCCAUCUCAAGCAUCGCCUCGACCUCGCAAGCAGUAAUGGCCCGCAUCUCACUACGCGUCUUCCUCUCGCCCGAGUUCGUCACGCAAUACAUCAAGGGAGCCAGCCUAGUGGCCUUGAGCACCGGCGAUCUGGAAAGCGACGAUGUCAUCUGCCUGGAUGGGCAAGGCCUCCUCAUCCUCUCCCUCACCAAGCCCACCUACCAAACACUCGGCCUCACAGGCCGCCCCUCACGCUACGCCAUAGGCGCGAGCGGUCGAACAGGGGAUCGCAAAUCUGGGCCUGUGGAGAGGUACAUCGUCGAAGUACCUCUGUGCGAUCCUAGCUUCGUGCCGGGAAAGCCCGGCUGGACGCGAGUCGCACAGUGUUUCGAGAGGUGGGAGAAGGAGAGAGGUGGUUGCUUCACCUUCUGCUUUGCGGCGGAGAGUGGGCGGAGGAUAGAAUUUCCACAGCAUGUCAGGCCGGACAGAGAUGGAGAAUUGCCCACUGAGAUGGACACGAAAGAGCUGCAAGACGUCUGGGUGCCACAGCUGAGCGGCAAUGAGGGAGAGCAAGGGCACGAGUGGCCACUGCUCCGCCUUGGCUGGCAGGGCGAAGAAGGAGGCGAGUCGCGACUCAGCUGGGACGACUGGGCCGAGUCUCUUUCAGAGCUAGCAGAGUGGAAGGCCCUCGUCGAGAGGGAUGCUGAGUGCAUCAAGACCUACCAUCGUCCUUCCCACUUCGACAACAACGCCUACACAGUACCUAGCCCACGCUCUCCGGGGAGUAUUACGAAAAUCACGCUCACAGGCUUCUUGCAUCCCAGCAUAUUACUUGCGAUCGAGGCUGCAGUACGAGAUCACGUAGACCUGAAGAAGGAAGGAGCGCCGUGGGCCAUGCUAUCUUGCGAGGGCUUCACGGACAGCCCAGUGAGAUGGAGGAGCCAAGAUCCCGGACUCGGACUGGCACUAGGGCAGGGCAAGACUCCGGCGAGCCGGUCAGGUCAACGUGCUGGUCAAGGCAAGCAAGGGGAGGAUGAUCAGGACGAGAUGGACGAGAAGAGUGACGACGACAGCUCAGGCUCAGCAACGGAUGACUCGUCUGACGACGAUGAUGAUGACGACGACGACGACGACGACGACGACAAUUUCUCGUCCGCCCCUUUGACGGGCAAAGCAGCGCGUCGUAAACGGUCCCGCCAAGUCAAACGCAAAGGACACCAGCGCAAAGGAGAAGCAGAACGAUCUGCUUCGAUCGCAUCGGCCGCUGCGGCGGGUGGGCAAGGAGGGGCUUUCGGCUGGGGAGCGGUCGUGCUUGGCCGGCAGAGGGAGGCAAGCGGAGGGGACAGGGAGCAAGAAGGAGCGAGGUAUAUCUGGUGGGAAAACGUGGAGGGUGAUACCAGAAAUUGAUUAAAGUGACGCAGAGAGGGAUUUCAGUAUACAGUCGGUGCAGCGGAGUACAGGGCAGGCGACUUCUUGCGCAGCGUAGAAGUCGAUGUCGUUGAC